CUUUGGUGGCAGGGACCCAUUCGCAUCAGUGUAUCUUUUCCUAAUGUUGAUGAUGGAAAUCUGAAAGGUCAAGUUCUUGAGAUUACAGUCCAGUCCUUAACUGAAAGUGUUGGAAGUUUAAAAGGGAAGAUCGCGGGUGAGAUCCAGCUUCCAGCAAACAAACAAAAAUUGAGUGGAAAACCGGGAUUUGUCAAGGACAAUAUGUCGCUUGCAUAUUACAACGUUGGAGCAGGAGGAACACUUUCACUAUCUUUAAGGGAACGUGGUGGUAGAGAGAGAUGA